CCCGUAACUAUACCUGUGUUGACAGGAGUCUCGGUCUGAUUUACGUUCUUGCUCCAGCGAGGUUUUUAUCUUGACGAGAACUUGCUUAGAUCUGGAGGUCGCUCAUCCGGUGUGUUUCCGUAAUUAAUCGUAUCGUGGAUCUGGCGUACGCCAUGGCUGCCCUGUACGCGUGCACGAAAUGCAAUCAGAGGUUCCCGUUUGAAGCUCUAUCCCAGGGUCAACAGCUCUGCAAGGAGUGUCGCAUCGCCCAUCCCAUGGUGAAGUGUACCUACUGCCGCACGGAAUUUCAGCAGGAGAGCAAAACCAACACCAUCUGUAAGAAGUGCGCCCACAACGUCAAGCUGUACGGCACGCCCAAACCCUGUCAGUAUUGCAACAUCAUCGCCGCCUUCAUCGGCAACAAGUGCCAGCGCUGCACCAACUCGGAGAAGCGGCACGGGCCGCCGCAGCCGUGCGAACAGUGCAAGCAGCAGUGCGCCUUCGACCGAAAGGACGACCGCAGGAAGGUGAGCCGCGGCGCCUGCGUGUGUCUCUGUAAGCCAGCACGGCCCUCACCCCCUUUCCCUCCCCCGCAGGUGGACGGGAAGCUGCUCUGCUGGCUCUGCACUCUGUCCUACAAGCGCGUGCUGCAGAAAACACGAGAGCAGCACAAGCAGCUGGGCGGCACCUCGCAUGCCUCCCUGUCGCACAAGGAGCAGCUAUCGCACUAUAACAGCCAGAAGACUCUGUCCACCUCCUCUCUGCAGAAUGAAAUCCCCAAGAAGAAGGGCAAGUUUGACAGCAUCUCCACCAAUGGAGACAGCUUCUCCCCGGAUCUGGCACUGGACUCCCCAGGAACAGACCACCUGGUCAUCAUCACCCAGCUGAAGGAGGAGGUAGCCUCACUCAAGAAGGUUCUUCACCAGAAAGACCAGCUCAUCCUGGACAAGGAGAAGAAAAUCACAGAGCUCAAGGCAGAGUUCCAGUACCAGGAGAGCCAGAUGAGGACCAAGAUGAACCAAAUGGAGAAAACCCACAAAGAUCUAGUGGAGCAGCUUCAGGCGCGGAACCGGGAGCUGCUGAAGCAGGUGGCCGCGCUCUCCAAGGGCAAGAAACCCACCAUGACAUCACCGUGAGGGGCCUGGGGGCCCUGGGGGGGCGAGGGAGGAGAGGAGACUGCCGGAGGUGCAGGAAGGGGACCAUGGAGGGUGCUGUGCAGGGCUGGGAUUGGGAUGCUGCACACGGCUUUGUUUCCAUGGGGACCUGGGUGUCUUCAUGAGGGCUGCUGGCUUCCAUUCAGCCAGCAGGUGUCACCUGUGUGCAGCCGUGGCAGGUUGGUGUGACUCCAAGCCGGCGUGCCUGACUCACUGCUGUGACUCGGAGGACCGCUGUGACUCGGAGGCUUUGUGUAAGGACACAGCUGUGAAACGGCGGCACAUGACACGCUGGGGGGGCGGGGGUCACGCCUAUCUGCACCCCCAGCAUCUCCACACUGAGAAACAGUCCUCAUCUGUACUGACACACAGAAUAUAUUUCAUAUUCAUAUUGACCCAAGUCAGGAGAAAGAUGAAUGUGAGUGUGUAUGUGAAUGUGUGUGUGUGUGUGUGUGUGUGUGUGUGUGUGUGUGUGUGUGUAUGUGAGUGUGUGUAAGCAUGACAGACUUGUAAUUGUUUGGGUUUUCACGGUUUAUGUGACACUCCUAUUAUGUGGUGUUGAUGAUGAUGAUGGUGUUGAGUUGAAGAGCUUUGUGAUGAGCAGUGAGGUCUUUUGUUUGGCUGUGAAGAUCAGAGGAUGUUUACAGGGUGAGUCCACUUUCUCAGCCCUCUGCUACAAUCCCAAACCAGGCUGCAUUCAUGCCCUUUGUCACUCAAACUCUUUUAAUUUCUCACCCAUCAAUCCAUCCCUCUACCUUCCUAACGCAGGAAACACAGGCCUCUAACUGGCAGUAGUAAUUCAGGUCUCUGUGGACAGCAGACUGUCCAGUAAGACUUUAGCAUCUUGCUGCCAAAAAAAAAUCUCCUUUGGAAGUAAAACAACCCUGGUGGCCGAUGUGUAAUAACAUACUUGGUGUCCAAAAAUGUACCAACAUCUGAGAUUUAGACCUCUGUGCAUUCGGUUGCUAGGAUACAGGAUGUGUCUACAUGGGGCACAGGGUUUUAGCCUUAGCUCUGGGAGCAGCUAGUGCUGCCUGGAUGACCACGGACAGCCUGUGCAGUACGGGGCUCUGUUCUCGUAGCGGCAGCCUUUGCACUCACCGUGGUAAUACCUCACUUUCCAGGCUGCUCUUUCUUACAUUUGGUGUGACUAAUAAACACUAUUUAUUUACUCAUCUGUAUAUUAGAGGAUUUUUCAAAGGCUCACCCCUGUCAGCAGAUUUGCACAGCUGUAGCGGGGGCUUCUGUACGUGGUGCUGGUUCAUGAACAACAAUGCAUGUAAAUAGUGUUUUAUAUAGGAAUGUGUAUGAAUGUGCUGGAACGGGCCGAUCUGGCCUCACAGGCCGUCACUCUGUCACGUCAACGUGUACUGCCAUAACCCCAAUAAAGCAUUGCGCUCUGGGAAAAGCA